CGUCAGCGGCCAUUUUACGGCAGAGCGUGCUGCUGCUGGAGGUCAGGGACAUGACGACAGCUCGAGCUCAGUCAUCUCUACCGAUAAAGACUGUUUUCUAAACCGAAAAACUCGCUUUAAAACUCACCGGCGACCUCGCAGGACCGUGUUUUUUCCCACUCGUUGUGAAUCCGGCUGCUCCGGUUUGGAGUUCGGUUGCUCGGCUCACGGUUGCUAACGGUCGGCUAGCUCUUCCCACCUGGCUCCGGUCUUCUCCAGGUGACCCUCAAAAACCCUUACAGACAUGGACAACAACUCUCAAGGAUCCGGGGGAGCGAAAGGAGGCUUCGGGAGUCUGUUUGGAGGCGGUGCGCCGGAAUACUCGAACACGGAGCUGUCCGGUGUUCCCUGUGAGUGUGAUGUAACUGUAGCAUGAAGCUAACUACACUUGCCUUACUGCCUAAAAACACUAAUUUAAUGUUUUAAAGUGGGACAUUAUGUGAAAAGUGUGGAAAUAGUGCUGUUUUUGUCGUUUUAGUGACCGGAAUGAGUCCCCUCUCUCCGUACCUCAAUGUGGACCCUCGUUACCUUGUUCAGGUGAGUAACGACCGGGCAGCUCUUCUAGCCAAUCAGAGGCGAAGGAGGGCGGGACCUUCCCCUACCAUCCGACGAAAAAAUAAUCCUGUUAACGGCUAAUUUCUCGUUUGAACAGGUGACUCUGUGACAGUAAAUACACAUGUGGUUGUUUUCUUUCAGGACACAGAUGAGUUUAUCCUGCCCACAGGCGCCAACAAAACCAGAGGGAGGUUUGAACUGGCUUUCUUUACCAUCGGAGGAUCCUGUAUGACAGGUAAGACGUCUCAGAGUUCGAACCUGGGAUCCUCUAGUCUAACUGAAUCAGAGAAAAUACUUUCAGGAACCAAAAUCUUUAAAGGGAUAUUUCGGCGUUUAUUUAAGUAAGGGUCAAACACACCGAAACACUGAGUUGGUGAAACUAGAGAAACAAGCGGUCGGCAACAUUCAUCUCUAGACGGGGUGUCUAACUCGGUGUUACGGUGUGUUUGACCCUAAAUUAAUUUUACGCCGGAAUAUCCCUUUAACAGACUUGAAAUGGAGCAUGUCAGUCUUAUGUGUUUCUUGUGUGUUCUUUUGGCUACAGGGGCGGCACUUGGAGCUGUAAAUGGGCUCAGGAUGGGCCUGAAGGAGACCAGAGACAUGGCCUGGUCCAAACCUCGUAAUGUACAGUAAGUAUGAAGACAAAGUCAUGUGUUAAAGAGGUGAUACUCUUUAUUCUUCACUGGAAUCAUACUUAGAAUGUGUUUUUCUUUCCCGCAGGAUCCUCAACAUGGUAACCAGACAGGGUGCCUCAUGGGCCAACGCUCUGGGCUCCGUUGGUAAGACCUUUACCCAUAAUGAUCUUGAACAUAUCAACUUAUUUCAUAGUUAAACACAAAUAUGUAGCAUGAAGCUCUUCUGAAUCACUUUGUUGAUCUGUGUCAUUGCAGCCUUGUUGUACAGUGCGUUCGGUGUGGUGAUCGAAAAAGCCAGAGGAGCUGAAGAUGACAUCAACACAGUCGCUGCAGGGACGCUAACGGGGGUGCUCUUCAAAUCAGGCAGUAAGUGUCCUCUCUGUUUUUCUCAUGUGUUAUUGUAAGUUACAAGGACCUUAUCUUAUCAUCCAUCAGUCCAUCUGUCGCCUCCCUCAAAUGUUAAAAUUAAAAUGUGUAAACGGUUUCAUCGCUGAGUCUUCGUCUCCUCUGUCUUUGCAGGUGGUCUUAAGGGUGCAGCCCGAGGAGGUCUGGCUGGUCUAGCUCUGUCCGGUGCCUACGCUCUCUACAACAACUGGGACCACCUCACAGGUUCUUCAUCAUCAUCAUCGUCCCGGCUUUAUUAACCUCUACCACACUCAUCCACCUCCACUCUAGGGCCAAACUUCUCCUCCAGGACACCGCCUUUAACCACAGCGCUAAGAGGAAUUAGACUCUGGUCAAAUGCAGUGUGCUCUCAGGAAAGUGCGAGUCGGUCCCGGGUCACUGGUUUCUCCUCCCUCAUUGCGACCUCCCUUUUCUGGACCAUCCUGGGAAACUGAAGAAUUGUUUUACGAUGUUGAAGAUGUGAAAAAACGGGACUUAUUCCACAUAAAAUCAAGACUUGGACCAUCCAAGAGCAACAUUUGUCUUUAUCCUCGGAGGUCCUCUUGCUGCUGAUCAGAUCAGUAAAACCAGGACGCUGUGAGGAGGUGUGUCAUGUAUUUUAUCAAUGUUAGUGGAGGACUUCUUCAGGUCUUCUUUUAUGCUUCUUUGGAAAUCAGUGAAGCUCUGAUGUGGAUCAUAUGAGCCAAUGUGAUGUCUGAUGCUUGUCUGUAGAUGAUCUCCUCUCUGGUUUUGGACUGAAGGACUCUUCCUUGUUGGAGAAGAGCAAAAAGGUUUUCGACUUAACUCAGAGCUAAGCCUUACGGUCUUUUCUCUUGUAUUUAUUGAAGUGAAUCUGCGGUGGGUUAAUGUUUUACUGCGCGAGAAGAAAUCCCUGAAAGCAGUUCUGGAUGUUCAUGUACGCCAUCGAAACCCGCUGUAAGAAAAACUGUAAUAAAAAAUGGGAAACGUUGCCAAAGA